AUCUCUGUCUUUUUUUUUUUUUUUUUGCAGAUGUCUGAUAGCUAGCCAACUGAACAGAGGACCUCCCUCUCUGCCGGGAGCCUUCCACCUGCAGCCAUGAAUGGUGGUUCCAGCGUUUGGGCCAUCACUCCAGAGGAGAGAGGGAAGCACGAUAAACAGUUUGACACCCUCUCACCAAUCCUCGGCUACAUCUCGGGGGAGCAAGCGAGGAAAUUCUUUCUCCAGUCCGGCCUGCCGCCUUCUGUCUUGGCGGAGAUCUGGAACCUGGCUGACAUGGACAGUGACGGGAAGAUGGACAGACUGGAGUUUUCCAUCGCUAUGAAGCUUAUUAAACUUACGCUUCAGGGCAGGAACUUGCCGUCAUCGUUGCCGGUUACCAUGAAGCAACCUCCGACUUUAAACAGCGGCUCAAACAUGUCUUCUUCGGCACGGUUUGGAAUGGGAUCCAUGCCAAACCUGUCAGUCGGUCUUUCAUCCAUGCCAACUAUUUCCACCAUGCCCGUUCUAACACCCAUGCCAGCUAAUCGUCCUGUAACCUCUGUGCAACCCCUGGUGCCAGUGCCAAUGGCCCUGCCCUUGAUCACCUCGUUCGGGAACUCUGGGCUCCCCAAUGGCACUGUCAGCCUCCUCACCCCGCCGCUUGUUGCCAGCAACGCAGGUACUCCGAUGUCGGGCUUUUCGUCCCCCAUGGCUUUUUCCCCAUCUCCGGGUGUGUCAAAAGCCAACUCUCUUCUGGACCUUGGAUCCAGCAGUUCAAACUCUUCCUCCACCACGUCACUGGCCAGCAGCUCUCCAAAAAUGGGUUCAGGCGACUGGGCCGUUCCACAGGCGUCGAGACUCAAGUACCGUCAGCAGUUCAACACACUCGACAAACUCAUGAGCGGCUACCUGUCAGGACCUCAGGUUAGAAAUGCGCUGAUGGCAUCAAACUUGACCCAAACUCAACUGGCUACCAUUUGGAGCCUGGCAGAUGUUGAUAAGGACGGUCAGCUGCGGGCUGAGGAGUUCAUACUGGCUAUGCACCUGGUGGACAUGGCGAAGACUGGACAUCCACUUCCCCUCACUCUGCCUCAGGACCUGAUACCCCCCUCCCUCAGAGGAGGAAUUAAGUCCAGCGAGCUUCUCAAUGGCACAGGACCCUACAUAAGUCCAAGUUUAAUGGACACAACAGAGAUCGAACCUCCUCAGAAGAACAAGAGCAGUGUGUCCUACGAGGACAAGCUCAAGGAGAACUUUGCGCGCGGCAGUGCCGAGCUGGAGAAAAGGCGGCUGGCUCUGGAGGAGGAGCAGAGGAAGGAGAGGGAGCGCCGGGAGCGGGAGGAGCGGGAGGCCCAAGAGCGGCGGGAGAGGGAGGCCAGGGAGCUGGAGAACAGGAGGAGGUUGGAGGAGGAGAGUCGGAUGGAGCGGCAGAGAGAGAUGGAAAGGCAGAGGGAAGAGGAGAGGCUGAGGGAGCUCGAGAGGAAGGAGGCGGCCAAGCAGGAGAUGGAGCGCCAGAGGAGGGAGGAGUGGGAGCGAGCGAAGAGAGAGGAGCUGGGACGGAGAAAAGAGGCGGAGCAAGAGGAGAUCGUUCGACUCAGGGCGAGGAAGAAGAGCCUCGAGUUAGAGCUGGAGGCAGUGGGCAACAAGCACAAGCAGAUCACAGACCGUCUCCGUGACGCGCAGAGCAUGAGGCGGAUCCAGAAGGCCGAGGUGGACCUCAUCAACCAGAAGAGAGACGCCCGCAUUGCUGAGAUCAACACUCUUCAGCUUGAGUUCGAGGAAUGGCAGAGGAAGCUGUCACAGCUCGUCCCGGAGCAACAGCGACUGUCUGAGAAGCUGCGAAACAUCAGCCUCAAGAAACUGCCCCCGGCCGCUUUGACGUCCCUCGCCGGGAGCGCCGCCGAGUCGAGCGGGAACUGCCGCCGUCUCAAAGAUCAGCUGGACGUCCUGGAAAAGGAAACGACAGACAAACUGACCCAGAUGGAGCAGUACAACAAGGAGCUGAAGGAGCUGCGGGAGAAGCAGACGAAGCAGCAGGCCGUCCUGGAUGACCUGCACAGAGUCAAAGAGGAGAAGCUGAGGGAGCUGCAGAGACGCAGGGAGGAGGAGAAGGAGCGGAGGAGGAGAGAGGAAGCAGAAGCAGCAAGGCUGGCGAAGCUGGAGGAGGAGAAGCGCGAGCAGGAGCGGAGAGAACAGGAGAGGAGGGAGAGGGAGGAGGAGGAGGCGCGGCAGAGGAGGCUCCAGGAGGAGCAGAGGGCCAGGCAGAGGGAGGAGGAGGAGAGAGAGGCGCAGGCUCGCCUCCGAGCGGCUCAGGAGAAGGCGCAGGAGGAGGAGAGGAGACGGAGGGACGAGGAGGAGAGGAAGAAGAGGGAGCUGGAAGAGGAGAUGAAACGGAAGGAAAUGGAGGAGGAAAGGAGGAAGAAAGGAGAAAAGGAGAGAGGAGCAGCUCAGCUGACCUCGUACAGAGCCCUGUACUCCUUUCUCGCUCGCAACGCAGAGGAGCUGAGUAUAGAUGCAGACUGUGUCAUAGAGGUGGACGAGCACACUGUCGGCGAACCCGGCUGGCUGUGUGGGAAUUACCAAGGAAAAAGGGGCUGGUUCCCCCAGAGCUAUGCAGAGAAAUGUCCCACUCCUCCCACCCCUGAGGCGGCCCCUGCCUCGUCAAGUCUUCCUCCUCUAAACACAAGAAAUGCUGCCGUGGAUGCCACGGAGGACAGCAGGGUUCCUCUGUUCUCAGCUGCUUCACAGUCCACGGUUCUCCUCGCCGCUCGAGCCAUCUCUUCGUGGUCGCCCGCUUCAGAAACUCACCUCAAUCUCUCGCCGGACAUGGGCGGAGCCCUGCUGAGCUUCUCACAGGGCGACCUCAUCAGCGUGCUCCAGCAGAGGGACGACUGGUGGCUGGGACAGCUCAACGGGACGCGGGGAUGGUUCCCAAAAAGCUACGUCACUCCGGAGUCGGCCGGCAAUGCCGACGUGGACACAACGGACACAAGUGUUCAGCUAGAAGAGUAUGUGGCCCUGUACACAUACGAGAGCCCAGAGACGGGCGACUUGACAUUUGACGAAGGAGACGUAAUUAUGGUGACGGAGAGAGAAGGGGAGUGGUGGAGAGGAUGCAUCGGUGACAAGACGGGACUGUUUCCCUCCAACUACGUCCGUCCUGUUGAGUCAGAGGCAUCAAAACCUGGAGUUUCAAGCAAAAAACCCGAGAUUGUUCAGGCUGUCACUGCCACAGAGGCCCCCACGGCUUAUCAGCUGACUCUGUCUCCAGGACAACUGAUUGUGGUCAGAGCCAAAAACUCCACCGGGUGGUGGCUCGGGGAACUGCAGGCUCGGGGCAAAAAGAGACAGAAAGGCUGGUUUCACUCGUCCCACGUCAAGCUCCUGGGACCGUCCAGCGCCAAGACCUGCCUCUCCCCUCUGCCAGUGUGCCAAGUUAUCGCAAUGUACGACUACGCUGCUGCUAAUCGGGACGAGCUGAGCUUCUCCAAGGGUCAGCUCAUCAACAUCCUCGACAAGACCAACCCCGACUGGUGGAAAGGUGAAACCAACGGGGUCACGGGCCUGCUGCCCACCAAUUAUGUCAAGAUGACAACAGAGUCAGACCCCAGUCAGCAGUGGUGUGCAGACCUGAUCACGUUGGACACAAUGACUCCUCAGGAAAGGAAGAGACAGGGUUAUAUUCAUGAGCUCUUCCACACUGAGGAGACCUAUGUGGAUGAUCUGGAGCUGGUCCUAGAGGUGUUCCACAAGCCCAUGUCCGAGUCAGGUCGCCUGACAGAAGCUGAGAUGGCAACGAUCUUUGUCAACUGGAGGGAGUUGAUUAUGUGCAACACCAGAUUGCUCAAUGCUCUGCGUGAACGCAAGCAAACGGGAGGAGAGAACAUGCCGGUUCAGCUGAUCGGAGACCUGCUGGCUUCGGAGCUCGCUCACAUGCAGCCGUACGUUUGCUUCUGCUCCUCCCAGCUCAACGCCGCCACUCUCCUGCAGGCCAAAACCCACAGCCAGCCUGAGUUCAAAGAUUUCCUCAAGAAGGUUGCCACAAACUACCGCUGCAAAGGAAUGCCACUGUCCAGCUUCCUGCUGAAGCCCAUGCAGAGGCUCACCCGCUACCCUCUGCUCAUAAAGAAUAUCCUUGAGCACACUCCAGAAGGCCACGAGGACCGCGAGCCGCUCCGAGAAGCCCUGGAGCGAGCCGAGGAGCUGUGCUCUCAAGUCAACGAGGCGGUCAGAGAAAAGGAGAAUGCUGACCGCCUGGAGUGGAUACAGAACCACAUUCAGUGUGAGGGGCCUAUAGAGCACCUGGUCUUCAGCUCUUUGACCAACUGCCUCGGGCCCCGCAAGCUGCUCCACAGCGGCCGGCUGUUCAAAACCAAAAGCAGCAGAGAGCUGUGGGCUUUCCUCUUCAAUGAUUUCCUCCUCCUCACACACAGCGCCAAGCCCUUCUCCUCCUCAGGAUCAGAAAAACUGUUCAGCCCCAAAACCAGCAUACAGCUGAAGAUCUACAAGACGCCGCUGUUUCUCAAUGAGGUUUUGGUAAAAAUGCCGGCGGACCCGUCCAGCGAUGAGCCGCUCUUUCACGUCUCGCACAUUGACCGCGUCUACACCCUGAAAACGGAGACCUUAAGCGAGAGGACAGCGUGGGUCCAGAAAAUUAAAGCAGCCUCUGAACAUUUCAUAGAAACAGAGAAGAAAAAGAGAGAGAAGGCAUACCAAGCACGCUCCUUAAAGUCUAGUGGAAUCGGUCGCCUGCUGGUGGCGGUCAUAGAAGCUCAGGAGCUGAAGGCCUGCAAGCCCAACGGUAAGAGCAAUCCAUACUGCGAGCUGACCAUGGGGGCUCAGUGCUACACGUCGCGGCCGGUCUUGGACACUCUGAACCCAAAGUGGAACUUCAAUUGUCAGUUCUUCAUCAGAGACAUCUACCAGGACGUCCUGAGCAUCACUGUGUUCGAGAAAGACCAAUUCUCACCCGACGAUUUCCUGGGUCGCGCCGAGGUUCCUGUGGCGACUAUAAAGAAAGACAUGGAGAGUAAAGGAGCAGCGACCCGUCGCCUGCUCCUGCACGAAGUCCCAACUGGGGAAGUGUCGGUCAAACUGGACCUCCAGCUGUACGAGGCAACAAAAUGAGCCCCGUUGGAUAUCUGACAUUUGGCUUAUUGACAGAGGAGAUCUAUGUGCUGAAAGUGCCUGUCUGUUGUAAAUUAUUCAGCUGAAUAGUCUGGGUUCUGCUGUCCCUGCUGUGUUUUUCAUUAGCAAUCAAGACGUUUUAUAACCAAUUCCGGUCUUAAAUGUAGCAAAAAAUAAAAAAUUGCCAAUAUUUUCUUAUUCAAAAUCAAAAUCUUUAAAAAAAAAAAUUGCUUUUGAAUAAAACCGUAUAGCUUUGCUAAAUGGAUCAAUUUUUGCAACUAAAUAUAUUAACCAAUAUAUUUGAGUAGGGCUAUUUUAUCACCAGCAGAAGAGAUGAAAUGUCACAAGCAUCAUUGCCAAAUAUACAUGUAGUUGCACCGUUCCUUCCACGUUAAAUCUGCAGUGCACACAACUUCAACUUGUAAUCCUGAACACAACAGAAUUUCAUCUGAAAAUAUGCCAAUAAAUAUGCAAAGCAGAA